GUACAAGCUAGGAGAUUUAGAAAAAGGGAUCCAAAAGAGUCGCAGCUCUCAUACAGUAUAACCCAGCUGUCCUGGAGCCAGUGACCCUCGAAGCUGGGCUCUGCAGAAGAUCAGCAGCCAAAGGGCAGGGACAGACAGGCCCGACGCAACCUUCCCCGCGCAAGCCCAGCCGGAGCCGUUUGCCGCCGAGCGUUGCUCCUGCCCAGGUGGUCCUGCAGCCACCGCCCCUCGGGGCCAAAAAUAAGUCCCGACCCUGUGCCCCUACCUGCCCCACCAGCCUCCCGCUGCCCCGGGGAUCCCCUGGGCGGCUCAGGCGCCCGGGCUUCGGUCCAAUUAGCCACCGGUGCUUGCCCCCGCCCUUCCUCCGACACUUAAAGCGCGGCGGGCCCUCCGCUGAGCACAUCCUCACGCGAAGGGGAGCGGUUGUGGCUGCGGCGCUUUCCCGAUUCAGCUAUGACAACACCAGAUUCCAAUCAGACUUGGGUAAAUUCCGUGACUAAGAUGCAAGCUGGACGUGAACCAUCUGAUGCUGCCACACAAGAGCUGAAGCCAGGAAGCAAGCACAGUGCUGAUGUCUCAGAAUAUGAGAUAGUCCUACCUGGUGUGUCUGAAAAAAAUAUCUCUUUGACCAGUCCAGGUAAAGUUGAACUUACAUGCAAAUUAGAUGAGAAUUCCAAUUUGAAAAAUCCUGUAGUGACUUGGAAAAAGGGAAGUGAAACAAUCAGUCACACCAGUAAAACUCAGAACAGCUGGACCAUACAAGUGACCAUCUCAGGGAGCAGCGAGCUGGGAAGUUAUACAUGUUUUCUGAAGGCUGAAAAAGAAGUCAGUGCUACAUUUCAUUUGCAUGUACCACCCAUUGAGGGAAGAGAAAAACCCAUAAUCACGUAUAUAGGAGAUACAGCUGUAAUGGUUUGUAAAACUGAGUAUCAUCCCAAGGCUUGGAUGUGGUAUAUGACCAAUGGAACUGAGCUGGCUUCCAUUGAUAAGAUUUUGCCUACGGACAAGUAUCAAAUUAAGAACCCAUCUGCCAGUGUAAACCGUUUGGAGAUAUUCAAGCUCACCACGGCAGAUAGUGGUGUAUAUUGGUGUGAAGCUACUUUUGAAUUAGGGGACAGUAAAGCGAGGUUUGAAAUUAAAGUUCUGUCCAUCGCAGAACCUCUCAAACCCUUUAUAGCAGUUGUGGCUGAAGUUGCUAUUCUUGUAACUGCUAUUGCCCUCUAUGAGGUGUAUUCGAAAAGGAAAGCAAAAGGAGGUGAAAAAGAAUUUGACCAAAUUGAGCAACUUAAAUCAGAAGACAACGUAACUGGGAAACACAAGUAGUUCUAUGCAAAGAGGGAAGGUUCCUUUAAAAAAGGAGAUUUAAGCCAAUAGAAGUGGAAAUCAUCACAAAGCUACAGAAGAUGUAUGCAACUAUUUAAACAUUCACUAUGUUUUGAAGUAAAGUCCUCUAUGUUUGAGAAACAAGAUGUUUUUAAACUAGCUCUAAAACUGCUCAUUUUAUACCGAUGAUAAUAUGAUAUAUUGUAUUUAGAUGUUUAUCUGUAACAUUUUACUACUAGCAGGGUGCUUUUUAUGUGAUUGGGCUUGCUCUUGGUUUAUUAUUGAUCUGUUUGAUUUUUAUCUCCCAAAUUGGAAUAGUGUGGUAUUCAGUGAAAAAAUGGUUAAUAUAGAGUGGGCAUAUUAUCUGAGUGUUAUAAAACUGGAUAUGUACAUUCAAAAAAGUAUUUCCACCAAAGAAACUGCCUUUUACUAGCUGAUGAAGCAAAUGCGAUGCAGCUGUUUUUACCAAAGAACUGGUGAAAGGGGAAUCUUUAUCAGGACUUACAUGAAACGUUGAGAGAGCUGGCAUUUACUCAGAAGAGUAAAAUGUCUUCAUUCUAACUUAUCUUAGCUUCAUUCUUAGUUCUACUAUAUAGUAGUUCUUAAUAGGCUAAACAUUUAGAUACCGUACAGCUUAGAUAUUUCAGAGUUGAUGAAAGAAGUAUUGGGGAUAGAUUACCUUCUCAGACUAAAACUGCAAUAAUUCCUUAUGCUUGAUAAAUUACUGCACUCUCUGGGGCUGCAAAACUAGUUUGGUUAUUGUAAUUUAUAUGGAGUGCUGAAUUUUCAGGAAUAUACCUAUAUAUGCUUCUGAUCAUACACUGUCUAGUUGGUACUUCUGCUUCUUUCAGCAAGCUGUUGUUUCUUAAACUCCUUGCAAAGUACAGAGUGGAUCUUCAACAGCUGAAAUUUUCAGGAUAAUAGGAUGAAGCAACAUGAAUACCACUACUACUCUUACACAAAAAAUUUAACAUGGCUGUUAAUGACUUACAGUAUUGCUUUAGAAGAAUGAGUUGCCAUAAUACUGUUCAGUUACAUUCUGCUUUCAGCAAUUGAAAAUGUUUAGCUAGAAAGAAAACAGUUGAUUGCAUCAGUUGCCUUUGCUUGAAAUAAUUAAAGUUUCAGUUUUGAGAGGAAGAAGUAAAGUCUUCAGAAAAAUAUCAUUUCUCCAUAAAAAUGGAAGGAAAGGCAGCAUUUGCAGACUCCAUAAGAAAGUGAAAGAAGAAAAAAAAAUACACAGACUUUCUUUUUACUGGUCAUUUUUCUUUGAACAUAAAGGAAGGUAGAAAAAAUAGAUAAAACAAGUUUAAUUCCCUUCCUUUUUUUUUUUUUUUUCUAUUUUACUGUUCUUACGGGUUUAAAAAAUAUCAGAAAUCCUAGCAUUGGCUGUUUUAUUGGAAAUAGGAGAUAAAAUCCAGUCUGACAUAUGCUUUUUUGUUUUUCAUAAUUCAUUUUCCAGUUUGAAGAACUACAAAUUAAGGUCCAAAUAAGACACAAUGAGAAGUAUAAAAGCAUUGAGUGAUUGACUGUAAGGAGUGAACACUGAUAAAGAUUCCCCUUACUUAGAUACUUCAAUAUUGUAUUUUGCCUUGGAGUUUCUAUGCACUAUUAAAACCAGAAUGUAUCUACAGUUUUUUAUAUGAAUUUCUCAUUGAUAUAAUAUGAUGCAUUGAUAUUUUUAUUGUAGUGAAUAAAUGUGGGCAGUUUAAAAAGUUUACUUCCAUAAAUGUUUGUAAAUUGUUUGGCACAUUUCAGAGUUUGUAGUAAUUUGUUUCCUGUAGACAGUUAAGUAGUAAAAAAAGAUAGUCUUAGAGAGUUAAGAUUUACAUUCUGAAUAAAGCAGCAUUAAUAUAUUUUGCAAUAGAAAUGAGGCUAGAUACUGUCUGGAAAAAAACCUGCCACUUAAUCAAAAAUGUUAACAAUCUUUCUGCCUUCAUGUAGCAUUCCUACCUGAUCUUGCAGUUGGGCUGUAAAGUCUUGGCUAACAUGGACAAGUUAUACAGACAGACAGUUUUUUGGCAUUAGCAGGGAAAACCUGGAUUAAGCAUGGAUUUUAGAAGCAGCACAUCUUAGAUCUUUUAGGACUAUAUAAGCUUGGUCAGACUGGCUGCUGAAACUGUGGCUUUGCCUUGGCCUACCUCUAGCAUGUUCUGCUUGCUUUUUCUGAGGGGUUUGGUGUUUAUUUUUAGGUUGGUGAGUAGUUUUUUGUUAUUAUAUGAGGUUUUAUUCUAUGCAUGUUCUCCUAGGUUUAAACCCUUUUGGGCUGCCCCAUGGAGGGGAAGAACAAAUAAUAUUAAAUGGUAACUAGUAAUUAAUUGGUGUAAUUAAUGGUUAACUUCAAAGGCAUAAGCUCUACUUUUCUUGCUCCAAGUACCACAAGAAGCUCUGGAAAUCUUGAAAUUUAUCUUUUGAGAAGUAUGUGUUGUGUAUGUUCAAAACAUUCCCACUAUAGUUUCUUUAUGAUUUUAGCAUUGAAGAGAACAAAACUUUGUAAAAAACGUGAAAACCCCAGGCAGUAAUUUUUUUUUUUAACUUCAUUCAAGCCAGGAGAUACCAAAUAAGAUCCAAAACAAUUGCGAAAUAUCUUUCAAACAGCAUUUGGAGCUUAGUGUAAGGAUCCACAAAAUUAGUUGUAAUAACAAAACAUUAACAAGAGACUUACAUUGGUGGACCGAAUCUGUGACCACAGCUGUUUAGCAAAUUUUGUCUUCCAAGAUGAAAACCUUUUCUUGCAAGAGGGGAUAUUUUACUGGAUUUUAAACCAGCAAAAAGCCUUACCAGUUUCAUAGCGGAAAAGGUUGAAAUCUGCAAAAGAAUCCUUAAGGGCUGUUACCUAACACUUCAAGCUUCUACACUGCAAAUUCUUGCUGCCCUUAGGUUCAAAGUUGACACAAACAGCUGUGAGACCAAAUUCCUAGGGAAGAUGGGGGUUCAAAUAGAGCUGCAUUAGUAUUUCUUUAGUAUGGAGACCUAAGUAUUACCCUGCAGUUGUUCAGCAAAAUUGAUUAGCUGUGUGUCCUUCGACUAACGUAAUCCUGGGGAAGAGAGGGACAGCUCAUCGGUACUGAUGUUGCUACUAGAAUCAGCAUCCAUGUGCCUCUAACUCUUUUUCAGCCAGAAAAAGUUAGAUUUAUAUUCUGCCUUUAAAUUGUGCCUCAGAACCUUUGAACAGUUGACUGCUGAGCAAUGAAAAUUGAAAAGAAACUGAUUGGUAUGUAAAGGGCAGGGGAGGUUUUUGAGAUGCAUGGCACCCUAAGUGUUGAGCUACCCAGCACAUGCUGUGUGACUACAAUUAGCUGCGUGAUGAUUCAGUUCUAGCUGGAAGCUCCCCUGAAACAGGAAGGUGUGGAUAGUGAGAAAGCAACCGGAUGAGAACCUUGUAGGGACAUGGAAAGGAACUGCAUUUUGGUGUUCUGUAGGGUCCUGAGGGACAGACAGCAGAAGCUGAGGUGACUUCCAGUUAGACAUGUACAGGGAAGACUGACUGCAAAUCUGUAGGAGAAAACAUGCUUUCAGUUCUACCACUCAGACUGUGUAGGAAGAUUUGUACAGCAGCUGAAAACAAUCUGCCAUUGCUGAACACUUGGACAGAUGAAAGCACAAAGCUAAAUGAGGUAUCUCUUGAGAGAACUAGGAGUUACAUGCUUAGAAAAUGCUUCUCUGCUAGUUUAACAGUUUGGUAGUCUUGUUACUUCAUUAUGCUAGAAUGUGCCUACAUAAUUCUUUGUGAAAAGAUAAACCACAAAGUUCCAAACUUUACAACUUCUAAUGGAAGCUCUUGAUUUGUCAAAAUUUACUGUUGGCAAUUGAGUUCAUUUAUGUAGUUGUAUAAUGUUUAUUCUGUCAUACCCAAAACUACUUCCUUACAGAAACUUUGUCUGCUUUGGUUUUGCAUUCAGCUUAAUAUUUAACCAAAGAGAUUUUGGGGUUUUUUUAUUACUUAUGAUAUUUCUAUCAAAUGACUUGCUGAAUUAUUUUCAGAUAUAUAUUAAAAGUUAACAGUGCCUUGAAGGAAGAUGUUUGUUUUGUUUACCAUAGCUAAUUUUGUUUUUCUCUUUUCCAAUGUUUGUUAAAAGUUUUUCUCUUGAAACAUGACAGCAAAAUCUGUUUGUCUAGUAAAAGACUACUAAGCCUAAUGCUUUUUUCGCACUUGCUUUAUUUUACAUUCUGAUUUUAAUUGUGCUCACUUAACUGUGCCAUUUUAUUACUUAAGCUAAUGGGAAUACCCUGUUUGUUUGAUAUAUAUCAGAUAAUGAGGAUGAUAGUUAUGAAUAGUGUGAAUUGAUAUGUGUACUUAGAAAUAAUUUCAAUAAAUUUAACCAUAAAGUGA